UUGAAUAUUUAUGUCAAUAGAUUAAUCAAUUAACGGACUUUUUAGAAGAAAAAAAUAAAAGAUUUGGUUGGGAUACAACAAUUUCCGUAAGUACAAGGACUUUUGGCUAAUUUCCCCACAUCUAAUUAGUAAACGUUUUUUUAAUGGCAAUUUAACAACCACUAAAUUAAUAUUUUGGUUUGGAUAAGAAAAGAUGAACACAUCAGCCUUCAAAUCACACUUGACUAUUUCACAAUUAGACUACCGUCGCCGGCGAGAAUCGUUAAAAUGGCCGGCAAGAGUAAGAUUCUGAUCAUCGGAGGAACUGGAUACAUGGGCAAAUUCAUCGUCGAAGCCAGCAUCAGCGCCGGCCACCCCACCUUCCUUCUAGUGAGAGAGUCCACUCUCUCUAACCCUACCCCCCACAAAUCCGACCUAAUUCAGACCUUUACAAAUUCCGGCGCCACCUUCAUCCCUGGAGAUCUGUACGAUCACGAGAGCUUAGUGAAAGCAAUAAAGCAGGUGGAUGUUGUGAUCUCAACUGUUGGCUCCACUCAGGUGAAUGAUCAACACAUGCUUUUAGCUGCUAUGAAAGAAACUUCCAAUGUCAAGCGAUUCUUCCCUUCGGAGUUUGGAAGUGACGUGGAUCGUGGCCAUCCUGUUGAGCCGGCAAAAUCGAUAUUCGGAGAAAAGGUUCAAUUCCGUCGUCUUGUGGAAGCUUCCGGAGUUCCUUAUACAUAUGUCGUAAGCAAUUGCUUUGCUGGUUUAUUUGUUAGAGCGCUUGCUCAACUAGAUGCCACAGCUCCACCAAGGGACAAAGUUGUCAUUUUAGCAGAUGGGAACACAAAAGCUGUAUUUAAUACGGAAGAAGAUAUCGCCGCUUAUACUAUAAAAGCUGUGGAUGAUCCGAGGACUUUGAAUAAGGUACUCUACAUUAGACCUCCAGCCAACUCUAUUUCGAUGAAUGACUUAACGACUUUGUGGGAGAGUAAGUGUGGCGAAAAAAUCGAAAGAAUUUAUGUUCCUGAGGAACAGGUUCUGAAAGACAUUCAAGAGGCAUCGACCCCGUUAAAUGUGAGAAUGGCAAUCCGACACUCUGUUUUUGUGAAGGGAGAUCAGACGAACUUUGAGAUUGAACCUUCGGUUGGUGUUGAGGCAUCCGAGAUUUAUCCUGAUGUUAAGUAUGCUACUGUCGAUGAGAUGCUUGACCAAUAUGUUUGAAUUUGGAAUUUCUUCAGUUCAGUUUCAUGAAAUAUAUAUUUAUAAUAUCACAGAUGUAUCAAUAAUUUGUGAACUGCAACUUAUAUAUCGCCACCGUAAUGCUUUAAUCGAAUUAGGGCCGAUCAUUUAAAGGGUAAUCCAUAAA